UCUUCAUGAUUCUUUCUAUUUGCCUGGGUAGCUAAGAGCUAUUGUCUUGUCAGAGUUGCUACCGUUUCUUUUCUUCUUCCUCUCAAUACUUUGUUUGGUACACCGACUUUAACUCACACCACAGAGAGAUUCGCCUUUUUCUUCUCUCCUUUUCGCUUCGCUUCGCUUCCACCUAAAUUGGUCGAUGUAACAUAUGAGCAGUUUUGGUUUGUGUAUUGAUUGCUAACUUUGCUACGGUGGAUAUGUGAUUGAUGAAGUUAAAAAUACAACAUGGAUGAAGAAUUGGUUGAUGAGGCAACCCAAUUAGAGGUUGCUGAGGAUUCACAGCGCCAGAACAAAGAGGACAAUGAGUAUUCACCCAACACCGAAUGCCGAAAAACCUUAAAAUCCCAAGAAGUCUUUACCCCUGCGAAGCAGGACUACUCUCAGAUACCACCUCGGGAAUAUGAUGACAUUCUACAGGGUAAAAAUGUAGUUGAAGGUAUCAACCAUGCAAAUACAUCACAGCAUCCUCGUGUAAGCCUUUUCAUGGAUGAUGCCGAUGUUAUGGUUGAAGAAUUAACAGUAAAAAGUUACAAUGGCUCAAGCUUGGAUAUCGGUACUUCAAACAACCGAGAGCAAAUGUAUAGUCGACAGAACCAUUGGCAGAAUUUUUAUCAGCUAGCAACUAAUUCAGGAAUCGGAAAUUCACUAAGUGAUAUUGGAACCAGAAACAGUGUCCAGGCUACAUCUAGUGCUCGGGAGGAUAUUGGAUCCUCAUCUUUCCCAGAGAUGUUAGCUAGAAAAUCUCUCAGUGAUGGCCAGAGCAAUGUCAUGGAGCACCUGGCAGCUGCUGAAAACAAAGAGGGUGCAGGUGAUGUUCGUCAAGGAAUACGGACAAAAAUUAUAUCCCAAUCAGGGUUUGCUGAGUUUUUCAUAAAAAAUACACUGAAGGGUAAGGGUAUUGUAUAUAAAGGUCCAUCUUAUGAUGCCUUCUGUGCUCAGUCUAGAGAGCAAAACCGGAUGAAGACUGGCAUUGAUGCAGAUCAAAAUCAGAUGAGGACUGGCAUUGGCACAGAUCAGAAUCAGAUGAAGACUGGAAUUGGCACAGAUCAAAAUCAGACGAAGACUGGCUUUGGCACAGAUCAGAGUCAGAUGAAGACUGGCAUUGGCACAGAUCAGAAUCCGAUGAAGAAUGGCAUUGGUACAGAUCAGAAACAGAUGAAGACUGGUAUUGGCACUCACAUGAACUCUAAUCAAUCAGCGGGAUGUGGUUCCAAAACUGCAAAGUUUACUGCUUAUGGUGGUGCAAUGCCUAGAUCUGGCAGGUCUGAAUGUGAUGGUGUGACUUUGAGAGAAUGGUUGAAACAUGGGCACCACAAAGCAAGCAAAGUUGAAAAUUUGAAUAUAUUUAGGAAGAUUGUGGAUUUGGUGGACAACUCUCACUCUCAGGGAGUUGCAUUGCAUAACCUUUGUCCAUCUUAUAUUAAACUCACGCCAUCAAACCAGGUCAUGUACCUCGGUUUACCUGUUCAAAAACAGAUGGUGGAUAGUGUUGUAAAUUCUGAGGUUGUUCACUCAGAUAAUUCUUUUAUUAGAAAAAGGCUGUCGGAGCAAGUAAGAUUUCCCUCUCUUGAUAUGGGGUCAAAGAAACAAAAAUUUAAUGAGAAUUUGAGAGCCACUGGUGGUCUUGAUACCGCAAGUGAUAGGACACUUCAUAGUCAUACAGUUGGAUCACAAGAUUAUUGCAAUGAAUACGAGGAAGAUACCCAAUUCUCUAAAUAUAACAUUGGAAGAAUGUCUAGCAUCCCUCGUGUAUCUAAUGCAAAUCAAAUGCCAUUGACUUCAUCUGAAAAAUUGGAAAAUAAAUGGUAUGUGAGUCCUGAAGGAGGUUACACAACAUCAUCAAAUAUCUACUGCCUUGGUGUGCUCCUUUUCGAGUUACUUGGCCAUUUUGACUCUGAAAGAACACAUAUUGCAGCAAUGUCUGAUCUUCGUCAUAGGAUUCUUCCUCCAGUUUUCCUAUCAGAAAAUCCUAAGGAAGCUGGCUUUUGUCUUUGGCUGCUGCAUCCUGAACCAUCAUCACGUCCAACAACAAGGGAAAUCCUACAAUCUGAAUUGAUUAAUGGAUUGCAAGAGUUAUAUAGUGAGGAAAUGUCAUCAAAUAUUGACCAAGAAGAUGCAGAAUCAGAAUUGUUAUUGCAUUUCCUCGUCCUGUUAAAAGAGCAGAAGCAGAACACUGCCUUCAAACUGGUAGAAGAAAUCAAGUGCUUGGAAUCAGAUAUAGAAGAGGUGGAGAGGAGGCAUGACUCAAAAAAUUCCUUGGUUUCCUCUGGUUUGCAGAAUGAUUACUCUUGUCAGAUAGAGACUAUGUCUCUUAAAAAGGAACCUUUGAGUUUAGAAAUGCUGCCCUCAAUGUCCCCAAUCUCUAAUUCAAAUGAAUUAAGAUUGAUGAGAAAUAUGUGCCAUCUUGAAAGUGCUUAUUUUUCCAUGAGAUCCAAACUUCAGCUUUCUGAAACAGAUGCUACAACCCACCCAGAUAAAGAUAUACUAAGAAAUCGUGAGAACUGGUAUGUGACCCAAAAAGGAGAGGAACAACCUAAAAGCAAAGAUACUUUAGGGACAUUCUUUGAUGGUUUAUGCAAGUAUGCACGUUAUUGCAAGUUUGAAGUGCGGGGUGUACUAAGAAAUGCUGAUUUUAGCAAUCCUGCAAACGUAAUUUGCUCUCUAAGCUUUGAUCGUGAUGAGGAUUACUUUGCUUCUGCCGGGAUAUCUAAGAAAAUAAAAAUAUUCGAGUUUAGUGCACUUUGCAAUGAUUCUGUUGAUAUCCAUUAUCCUGCUGUUGAGAUGUCAAACAGAUCAAAACUCAGCUGUGUUUGCUGGAAUAACUAUAUUAAGAACUAUCUUGCUUCUACAGAUUAUGACGGUAUAGUGAAGUUAUGGGAUGCUAGUACCGGUCAAGAAUUUUCUCAAUUCACUGAACAUGAGAAGAGGGCUUGGUCUGUUGACUUCUCUGCAGUAUGCCCUACAAAAUUUGCCAGUGGAAGUGAUGAUUGUACUGUCAAGCUGUGGAGCAUCAGCGAGAAGAACUGUUUGGGCACAAUCAGGAGUGUUGCUAAUGUCUGCUGUGUUCAAUUCUCUGCUCAUUCCUCCCAUUUGCUGGCCUUUGGAUCUGCAGAUUACUCAACAUAUUGUUAUGAUCUUCGCAAUCUUAGAAGUCCUUGGUGUGUAUUGGCUGGCCAUCGUAAAGCUGUGAGCUAUGUCAAAUUCUUGGACUCUGAAACACUUGUUUCUGCUUCUACUGAUAAUACGUUGAAGAUCUGGGAUCUCAAUAAAACCUCUCCUGUGGGUGCGUCCAUCAAUGCUUGCAGCUUAAGCCUGUCAGGACAUACUAAUGAGAAGAAUUUCGUGGGUCUGUCAGUGGCUGAUGGAUAUAUCGCAUGUGGUUCAGAAACAAAUGAGGUUUACAGCUACUAUAGAUCGCUUCCCAUGCCAAUCACUUCGCACAAAUUCGGGUCCAUUGAUCCCAUUUCCGGUAAAGACACUGAUGAGGACAAUGGUCAAUUUGUUUCAAGUGUGUGCUGGAGAGGGAAGUCAGACAUGCUUAUUGCGGCCAAUUCAAGUGGAUGUGUAAAAGUGUUACAGAUGGUUUAAAGGAAAAUUUCCUCCUAACGGUGGUUUUUGGUACAGUUUUUCAUGGAGGUUUGCACUCAAGCUUUCAGGCCAAUCUCAUCAACCUGUUGGAAACGUUUAAACAAUUCUUCUGACAUCCUGAGCGCUGGCUUAUAAUUUGAAGUAGGAGGGCUUCAAUUUCGGCCAUAAUUGGAUGGAAAAAUAGAUCUGCAAUCUAAAUCGUGAUCAUUUUGAAAGUUGGAUUGAUCAUGAUGUGCAACUCGGACAUCAAACCAGAAUCUCACAUUGUCACAUGUAGAAAAGGCUUGUUAUACUUAAAUAUCGCUGGGAUCAAUCCGAAAAGCAGAUUGAAUAUGAAGCAGAUUAAGGUCCAGUUUAGAUAAACUUCUCAACAAGUAUUUAUAAGAGAAGAAAAUAAAGAGAGAAGAUAAAUCAAACUUCUCUGAUUGGUUAAAAUCAUCUUAUGUACAUCAGUCUUCUUAAAAUUUCACUUAUUUAUUUAUUUUUUUCAAAAGCUGAUGUGCGUAACUUAAUUUUAACUUUUAGUAGAAAGUUAUCUUAUUUCUUCUCUUUAUUGAUAAAUUUAUCCAAAUUGGGCUUAAGAUUUUAGAAUUGGAGUGGCUGGUGCUAGGUUUCUUCUUAGCUCAUGAAUGUAACUUGUAUCUCUGCAAAGCUUGUCUGUGUCAAUGUAAAGUGUAUUGCAGUCCUUUUCAGAUUUUUAAUUUAUUUAUGAAGGACUAGCAGUUGUAAGUUUAUAGGAAAAAUGAUUGUUUACCAAAAGAUAAAGCAACUCCAUUACCAUGAAUUGAAAGCAUAUACUAAAUAGCUUCAGAUGUAUACUACCCCACUUUUUGUUUGUU